UGUCGUAACAGACGCGGACCAUGGACAAAACCCAAGCAAAAAAGGCAAUGGCGGCUACCCGUAGAAUGGUCAGCGAGCUCGGUUACGUGAAAAAUCUUGGAAAGAUGUGAUCUAUUUGUCACGAUCGACGGACGUAAUUUGAGGUAUAUGGCUUGAAGGGGAGUAUUCUUACCUGUAAAGGUAGAAAUGGCACAGGGUAUGUGCAGAGGAUGGCUGAUAGACGGAUGGACUUGUUGUCGUAUCAAUUAGACAACGAAUGGUGGCCACUGGUAAGUCAAACAAAAAGAUACGACAGCAAGCAGGAAGGAGCAAAUGAGCGAGCGCACUUAAGUAAUGAGCGAGACUCGGCAUUAUCCUAUUCGCUCGGUCUCGGACUUAUACGCAGCCGAGGAAAUAGAAGUGCUUCUUUUAGAAGAAAUACGCGAUCUGGAACCACCACCCACCAUAUAUUCUAAACCUGAGGACAUUCAAGACUUCGAGAUUGCAGGCAGUAGGACAGGGGGGCGAAUCAGCUCCCAAUCAUCAGACCUGGAUUCGCCGGGGGUGAACUCGACGGUCCACUCAUGGGAUUCGCAUGCAAUUUACCAUGGUCACUAUGGUAAUAGUGACCACAGACCUGGCUCAUCAAAUGCCAUGCCUUGGUCUCGCGCAAGCCAUGUGGUUAUUUACUGCGACAUACAAGGACAUCUUAAAACACCUACGGGUGUUGUUAGACUCUUAUUACUUAUAUCCUCCGCCGCUUGUUUGGCAACUUUAUGCAGUUCUGGCACUGCCAAGGUCAGCAUUUUUAUGCUGCCUUUAGCAGAUCGUUUACGAUUCAUGAUCUUUGUAGCUGUUUUCUGUUUCUUGGUCACUGCAGCCCUUCUCUUCCUUGAUAUUUCGCAUGUCAUUUACAUCCUUCCUUUAAAUUGGGCUAAAGUGAAUGCUAUAGUAUUCACUGGCAUAGGCUUGUCAUAUGCUGCAAGUAGCGUAUUACUAGCAUGUACAGUAUGGGAAUACCACAGUGGAGGCUGGGCAACAAGACGCACACGUUCCCAACUGACUGCUGCGACAGUAGUCGGACUUUUUUGUGCUCUCUUAGCAUUUUUAUUAUCCUGGAUACAUUGUCGUAGUGGAUCAAGUUGUAAAGGUCAAGAUUCCCGUAGUAAUACCCCAACGCAACUUUACAAACCCGUUGACAAUUCUUCUUCCUCUGGGGUCACUUUGAAGGAACGUAGUCCUAAGAGACCAGCUUCGUGGACUGUGAAAAAUCAGCAAUCGAAGAAACGCAAUGAUAGUGAUACGAACACUAGUAACGGUGGUCAUCGCGGUAGCAAUCACGAGAAAUUUAAACAAGGCGCCAAAAAGGACCAUUGGGCUACUGCCAAGCAGCACAUGUUAGAAACUCAUACGAAUAAUGAAGAUACUCAACGGGAGGAGUCUGAAAUUGAGAGGAGACGAAGAAGACGAAGGAAAGAAGGUGACAGUAGUUCAACCGGUGACGGAAACAUACCAGGUAGUAGUAAGGCUGAUGCUAGCCGUGUUACUGCAGAGGAAGCUAAGACUAGGCGAGUGCCGCGAAAGUUACCUCUACAAUCUACAGUGGAGCAAUCUCAGCCGUGGUCUGACGCCGAACGUAGGAAUAGUGGUACAACGCAAAUUAAAAGUAAAACUAGGCGAACGCCAGUGAACAAUGACGCACAGAAUUGUUGUGAAAUGAACGAGGCUAGAUCGAUUAAUCGAGUGACUCGAAACGGUCUCCGCAAUUGGGAGGCGGAAUGUACGUCUAGCAACGGUAUAGAAGAAACUACUGAUGCAAUUGUGGUUGUUCGUAACACUAUGUGGUCCGGACAGUGGCGCCCACCACCAGAUGAUGUUCAACCUUGUUCUAGCAAAACUAUCGACCCUUACAGCUUUGCCUGAAUGUCGUGUGAAAUACGAAGCACACAUUUUAGGUAAAAAAUGAACCUGUUUUAUUAAGCAGUUUCUAUGAAUUUGUGACGAAAUUUUUUAUAAACCAAGUAUCUAUAUACUUUACGUUAAACUUUUCUUUCUUAAAUUGCAAUAAUAUAGUUAUCACGUAUUAUAUAUUUGAAAUUUUAUAUCUUUUUCUUGUUUGUAUAAAUUCAUUUGAAAUUUAUAGGUCCAACAUUUUGUAUUGUAUAAUGCAUACUAUGGCUGAAAGAGAAUUGUAUCUUGGUUUUAUAUGUUGCGUCUACAUUUUCAAUUGUCCAUAAAAUGCGAUGUGAUUUAAAGUGUACGUAAAGUAUAUAGAUUAUUAUAUUUGUACAUGCAAUAGGUGAAAAAGAUUGUAGCAUGGACUUACUAAUAGGGCUAUCAAAUUUGUCGUUAUCGAACUUUACAGGACGAAAUUGUGUCCAAAGAUUUAAGAUCGUGUAUAAAAUUAUUGCUGCCUUGUACAUUUUUGCUGCCAAGAGGAUAGAUUCUCUUUAGUUAUUCAGGUCCUGACGUUUUGCAUCACACAAAACCAGACUGCCCAACUUUGAUAAGCAAAUAACGCCACUUCAUUCCAAUCAUGUACCAAAUAAUAAAUAAGUAAGUUUUAAUGGGAUUUUGUAAGUAUAAGACCACUAUAUAGCACGUAACCCUAAUAUAUAUUUGACUAAUUAUUUCAUAUUUUGAUGCCAAUAUAUUUUGAGCUCCAUGCAUACUUGAAAAAGAAAUUGUAGUGCGUGCAAGGAGAAACCGCCUAUUCUUUAAGAUGAAAGUGUGUAUAUAUUAAAUCUUGAAAGGAUUGUAUACAGCAAAAUGUAGCUAGACCGAUCUUUCUAUCAAUCCUACAUACAAAGAAUGACAAUUACAGUUGCAAUUCGCAAUUGUAAUUUGUCUAUUUAAAUUUUAGAAGUAAUUGCAAAUUUUUGAAAUAAACACAAGAUUUUUUUUUAUUCAAUUCUAAGUUGUGUGAUUAUAUACUUUAUUUAAAAAUGCUUAAAGAUCUAUGAGAAAAUUAAAAUUAAUAAUGUUAUGAAACAUUAAAAAAUAUUGCUUUUUAAUAAAGCUUUUAAUAAAUUAAAAAAUUAUACGCGAAAUUAGAACAACUUGCAACAUUCCUCAUUAGAUUUGAUUUCAAGUUUUAAUUGAGAUAUGAUUAGAUAGCUUAUUAAUACCAACAUAAUAUUAAAAUUAUAUUUUAUUUUGCAAUGACAAUACCUUUAUAUAUGUACAUUUCACACAAUGGCCUUAUAGAAUUUUAAAUUUUUAGAAAAAUGCUAAAAAUAAUUUUAUAUGGAAAGAAUUUUUUAUUGACUUAUAAUAAAAUUAUAAGACGAUUGGUAUUUUUUGCAUUAGAAGAUCGGUUUGGCAUUGGUUCCCGUAUAAACAGAAUAGUAUGCGUGGAACACGAAUAUUCAUUGUAUUAUUUCAAUUAGCUCAUACUCUGAAAUGUGCUCAUUAUAUUACAAUAGUAUGAUAUUUGCACAAGGACGGAUUUAUAAAUCAUUUACACUAUACAAAUUUUAUUUAUAGCCUACUCAUAAAUUAAAUAUUAAUUUUAACAAGAAGUAACAUUGAAGUACAUAAUUAGUUAUUUUUAGUCUUAAUUGAAUAUUUCCACAUAUUAUAGAAAUCGAUUUUUGUUGAUUUAUUUAAAACAAAAUAAUCCGUCCCUGUUCCUGGACGCAUUAUUUAUAAGUAUUUUACGUAGUUUUAAAAUUAUUAGACGUAUAGUAUUAUUUAUUGUGUUAAUUGUAUCAAUCUUUUAUAUACUUUAAUGAGAGAGUCUAGUCAACUCUAGUCAAGCACUUUUUUGUACAACUAUAUCUUCUUAAUAAUCCAUCAAAUUAAAGAGCAAAGUAUUUUUUAGUACAUACAUAUCGUGUUAGAAGUACAAUUCAUCUUAGAAGAACUAUUAAGCGCUUGUUUCCUGAUUGAUAUUUCCAUUGAGUCUUUCUCAAUAUACGAUAAUAUAACAUAGUCUUCAGAAUUCCUCUGAUAUCUCGUUUCGCCUUCGUUCAAUGUAUCACGACCAUUAUACGAUCGAAUAAAUAUAAACAUAUUAGCUAAUCUUAAUUAAGACAACUAUUUUGUCUGACAACAGCUAUUUUGUCUUUUGAUACGCGAGUAUAAACAAAUAAAUUACACAUUUAUUGAACUUUGAUGCGUCGACUUUAAAUCAAUUAAUAGUAUAAGAGAAAUAAAAUGCGUGUUCAUAUAGAUUCAUAAAGAGAAAUAGCAUAUAAUACAGCAGCUUCGUUGUGGCAAAUAUCGAUGGUAUCUCAACUAUUUUGUUGGACAUAACGAGAAACAAUGUAUAACUCUUCUGUAUAUGAUUUAUUGUUAGUACGCUAAUAUAUUUGAAAGUGUGAUUUGAUGACAUUGAAAUAAAUGUUUAGAAGUAAUUCAAAUGAUAAUAAAAUGUCACUUGGCGUAAUAAGGCAAUUAGUUUUGAACUAAAUUAAAGGGCACAAGCACUGCCAGAGGAAGUAUAAUGCUCUUUGAAUGUAAUGUAAUAUCGAUUAAGUUCUCUUUAGUCGGUAUUCAUAGUACUUAUAUUUAAAAUUAUCUUAAGUACUGUUUUCAGAUCCUAUCAACCAAUCGUGGAGCCAUUUUAGCAUCUUUGGAUACUAUUUGAGACGAUCUUAAAAUAAGAUUUAACUAUGAAUACCAGCCUUAAUGACUUCACAUCUGAGGCUUGUAAUUUUAUGAUCUGUAGCUCAAACUCGUGCACUUAGCGUUAUAUCAUUUUAUUUUACAUUGUUCUUUGUAAUACAUUUUUAAAUGCUAAAUUAAAUUUUUUUUUAAUAAAAAAAUAUUAUUUCUUAAAUAAUACUAUCAAAUAACGGACAACUAAUGGAUUAAAGUCAUUAUUAUCACUAUAUAUAGAUUAAAUUAUUACUUGACUUCGAUAUUUGCAGCAAUUAUUUGCUUCAACGAAGUUAAAUAACAAAUAGCAGUAUGUUUGUGAUACAUGAAAAGCACUGUUUCCUUAGAAUUUGUAUGAAUAAAUUAUCAUUCAGGCAAUAAAUUUCGAUUAUGAUUAAUAAACGCAGAUUUCAUUAUAUAUUAAGCUCGAUUGACGACCUGUAGUGAUAGCAUGACAAUCCAAAUCUGUAUAUAACCUGAGAUCCUUUAAAAAUUAGGUGAAUUAGAAAGAAUUGAUAGGAAAAAUUAUUGUAAAUUUAAAUGGGUAUUUUAACAAAUAUAUUAAUUGAGAAAUGGUUUCUUAUGAUGUCAAAAAUUGGAAUUUUCUAUUUCAUAGAAUAAAUUCCUGUCGAUUCGUUUUAAUUCUCCUAGCAAAAUAAUUCAACUGGCCUAAUUCCUCAUUCGUUAAAUAAUAGAUGCACACAUGUAAUGCGUUACCUGUCUUAAAUACAAAGUGUUCGUCUCAUUUGAAUAUUUCUAAUGUGUUUUAAUAUUUAUGUGGAUGUAGUGUUUAAAUAUUAAUAAUAUAUAAUGUCAUUGUAUUUAUAUAUUUAGUUACAUGAAAAUGAAUAAUGUGAUGCUGCCAAUUAUUAUAGUGAACAUCAAACUGUAGCGACACAUUGUAGGACUGUUAGGAGAAUCGUGAUUUGAAUGUCUUUGCAGAAGUCUGAAAAUUGAUAUGAAUAAAUAAGAUGGCUAAACAUAUUACCAAAUUAUGACGCAGAUAUCAUGCGAUCACACACAGUAUCUUGGUGAUUUGUUGAGCUGAUAGCGAAUGAUCUGGACAAUAAAUGAUUCAUGAGUCACGUAGCACCUAAGUUAUAUAGCAUUAUCACAUAUUCAUUUUGUACAUCUAGGAGUAAAUGAAUGGCGAAUAUUUACACACUAUCGACUGCGGAAUUGUGCGUGUGAUUGUGUAUGUUACUUAAUAAUAUAUCACAAAUCUAGUCAGAGUGAGCCUUGUGUGUGUAAUGUUACUUGAACAGAACAAUGUACAUUUGUUAGUAAAUGCGUUAAACACGGCUCGAUUGGCGACAGCUAAGUAUAACAUUAUAUUCUGCGUAUAUGCUAUUGAAAAAUCACAUUGUCACGCAAUCGUCCGAAAUACAGACGGAAUUAUCAAAAUCUGCGCGAUCUAUUCAACUUUACAAAAAUCACGCCUUAUAAGGAUUCGAAGUAUCUAACAGUGUAUAUAAAUCGAGAUUAUUAUAAGAUUACAAAUGAUAAUCUUUCCGUAGUACAUAAUAAUUAUUUUCAACACAAGGUUAAUGCAAAAGAUGAAUAUUUAGAAUAAAAUCCAUAUCGAGCUUACAUACAGAAUAUCUCUAAUUACCAGAAUUUUUAAUAUUUUUAUCUCUAUUAUGUCAAUUUUUAAAAUUUUAAAUUAAUAUUCGAAGAUAUUACAUAAGAAUUAAGAAGAAUGUCAUUAUUUGCGUGCAACUUCAGUGGAAUUUCUCAUCGAAUUAAUGUAGAAAAAUCAGUCGUUAAGAUUAUUGUGUUCAGUCUCUUUCAAUUUUCCAACUAUGUCCUCCAAGUUUUUACGGCGUCCAUAGAAUUUCGUUUUAUCGCUUCCUUUUGCUAUAGAGGUAUAAGGAUACACGUUUCCGACAUAAUGAUGAAUCCAAUCGCUUGAAGAAUGAAGAAAUCGCGGAAAUAUCACAAAUAAUUAAGUCUCCAAUGUUAAACAUAAAAGUCAUAUUUCCGAUAUACUUCAGUUGUUGAGCACAUAAAUGACUUACCUUUGAUUACUGGCAUACAGAGGCGAAGUCUGUAAUAAUAUACAUGGAUCUUGUCCAACUGUAUUGAUUACAGUACACGCUCGAUAAUCCGGAUAAAUUCACCGGAUACAUCGAAAAUUGCGGCCUCGUUAUCAAAUGACGUUGAUGAAGCAAGUGUUGCUGAUGACACAUAUAAUUCGAGUAAUGCGGAUCAUCAUAGGCUGUUAAAUGAUCCGAGGAAGACAUUAAAGAAUUCGAUAUUGCAACUGUAACAAAAUUUAUGUUUUAGAUUUUUCGAUGGAAAAUACAUCUUAUUCAAAGAUUCCACUUGUGGAUAUGUUCUGAUGCGUGGGAAAAUUGACAAUUCUGUAUGUGUAAUGCAUAUAUAAAAAAUUAUUUUUAUAAUUUUAUAUGUAUUAUCUCUAAUUUUUUAAAAAUUUAUAUUAAACAAAUGGAUAAAAA